AUGGCUCUCUCACUGUCCUACUUCCUAGUCAUAUGUGCAGCUUCCUUCUUCUCCUUUUCUUCUGCAGCAACGCGCGUGUACAACUUUACAGCUGGCUGGGUGACUGCAAACCCAGAUGGGCAGUUUGAAAGAGCUACCAUCGGAAUCAAUGGCCAAUGGCCCCUGCCUCGCAUCGAGGCCGAUGUGGGCGACCGAGUCAUCGUCAACUUGAAGAAUGACUUGGGGAACCAGUCUACCUCGAUCCAUUUUCAUGGACUGUUCAUGAAUGGCACGAACCAUAUGGACGGUGUGGGCAGCGGUACUCAGUGCCCUGUGCCUCCGGGAGCUACUUUCACAUAUGACUUCAACAUCACCCAACCGGGCACUUACUGGUACCAUUCUCACGUCGAUGGCCAGUAUCCAGACGGCAUGAGAGGGCCACUUAUCAUCCAUGACCCGGAGAAUCCAUAUGCCGACCUCUUCGAACAGGAGCUCGUGUUGACCCUUUCGGACUGGUACCAUGAGCAGAUGCGGACGCUGGUCAAGCAGUUCAUGAGUGUGACCAAUCCUACUGGCGCUGAACCAGUACCACAAGCGGCACUCAUGAACGACACACAGAACCUUCAGAUCCCUAUGCAACCGGGAAGGACGUACUUUAUCCGCAUCAUCAACAUGGCCGCAUUUGCAGCACAGUACUUUUGGAUUGAGGGCCACACUUUCCGCAUCAUUGAAGUCGACGGCGUCUACCAUGAGCCCACCGAAGCCAGCCAGAUUUACGUCACCGCUGCACAGCGGUACGGCAUCUUACUCACAGCGAGGAAUGACACAACAGAGAAUUUCGCCAUUGUAGGAUCGAUGGACCAGGAUCUGUUCGAUGUCAUCCCCGAUGGGCUAAACCCAAACGUCACGAGCUUUUUGGUCUACGAUGCUGAAAAGGCCAUGCCUACGCCUCAGUUCAUUGAUGAAUUUGAUCCUUUUGAUGACAUGACACUCGUGCCUACUGAUGGCAAGGAGCUCUUGGAGGAUCCUGACUUGGUCGUUCAGCUUGAUGUGCUCAUGGAUAACCUCGGUGACGGUGCUAACUACGCCUUCUUCAGCGGCGUCACUUACGUCCGCCCCAAGGUACCCUCCUUGUACACGGCGCUGACGACGGGAGACCUCGCUGUGGACCCGCUCGUUUACGGUGUUAAUACAAACGCCUACAUCCUAGGCCACCAGCAAACCAUCGAGAUCGUGGUGAACAAUCAUGACCCUGGCAAGCACCCUUUCCAUCUUCACGGCCACGAGUUCCAAGCUAUUAUACGCGGGGAUGACGACUCUGGUGAUUACGAUGCCAAUGCUGUGAUUAACGGGUCGGUGGUACUUCCUCGGAAACCCAUGCGGAGAGAUACGCUCUUGGUCAGGCCGAACGGACAUAUUGUGAUGAGAUUCAAAAGUGAUAACCCGGGAGUGUGGUUGUUCCACUGCCAUAUCGAGUGGCACGUUGAUUCAGGACUUGUUAUGACUUUCGUGGAGCAACCGCUCGUCCUCCAAGAGACUCUCCCUAGCCGCAUUCCGGCCGACCACUACGCCGCCUGCGCCGCCAUGGACCCACCCAUGCCGACCCUCGGCAAUGCAGCCGGCAACACGGAGAAUUUCUACGAUCUUACCGGUGCCAACGUCUCCCCUGACCCACUACCGGAUGGGUUCGAGACAAAGGGAAUCGUGGCCAUGACAUUCAGUAUCCUUGCAGGACUGCUCGGCGUGGGCACUGUGAUCUGGUACGGACUCGGCGAGAUGGGCACGAUCGAGACCGAGAGGGAGAAAAGGAAGAUCGCGGCGAUCGCGAAGGAGAGGGGCGUCGUGGGCAUGACAAAUACGGGAUCCAGUGGCGUUGCGGAGGUAGCGAACGGUAGGACGGCCGGGCAGGGCGAGGAGAUUUCGAGAGCGGGAUGA